AUGUCGGGCGGAUACUCGAAAAGCGACGCCAGCGCGGCUCCCAUGGAGUUCGGCUACUGGAAGAUCCGCGGUCUUGGUGCCGUCUUCCGCAUGCUACUUGAAUACAAGGAGGCCAAGUACGAGGACAAGCAGUACUGCACCGGUGAGGACUGGUUCAAGCAGCGCAAGCCUGCCAUCCUGGAGAUGAAUCCCCUCGCGAACCUCCCUUACCUUGUGGAUGGUGACGUUUGCGUGUGCCAGACCAAUGCUAUCCUUCAGUACUUGGGUGAGAAGUUCGGCUUGUAUGGUGCCAGCGCAGCCCAGAAGAUUCGCACAGAGGAGCUGCUGUGCGAGAUCUACGACGUGCGCAACGGCAUGAUCGAUCUGGUCUACCCAUUCAAGAACGUCUGCCGCGACAUAGAGGAGUUUGACGCAAAAGCCGAGGGCAUUGUGAAGUCCCCGCCCUUCGCAAAGUUCGAGGCAAUCCUGAGCUUCAAGGACAACGCCUCUGGUGGUAAGUGGUUCGUUUUGGCAGAUGGCCCGGGUGUGGCGGACUUCCACAUUUGGGAGAUGCUGGACCAGCACAAGAUGUUGGCUGAGAGGAUUGGUGGCGAGCCUGUCCUUGACAAGUUCCCGAAGUGCAAAGCUUUCUACGAGGCCUUCCGGGCCCUGCCCACGCUACAGAAGUACUUUGCAUCCGAUGACUACAAAACAAUGGACAUCAACAACAAGAUUGCCAACACUUACUUCGCGUGA